CCCAAGAUGGCGGCGCGGUCGUCGUCGGGGGUGGCGGCGGCAGAGGGGGCGGCGGCCGUGGCGGCGGCGGCGACGGCAGCCGUGACGGCGGCGGCGGCGCGGGACCUGGGCCGGGGGGUAUGAGGCAGCCGUGGCGGGCCAGCGGCCAAGCCGUGUAGCGGAGAAGCGGCUCCCCCUCCCUGCUUCCCUUGGCCGAGCCGGGGACGCGCGCGCGCGCCGCCGUCCGGAGCGGGCUCCCCACCCUCCACUCCCGCGACCCGCACCGCACCCCCACCCGGGCCCGGAGGAUGAUGAAGCUCAAGUCGAACCAGACUCGCACCUAUGACGGCGACGGCUACAAGAAGCGGGCCGCGUGCCUGUGUUUCCGCAGUGAGAGCGAGGAGGAGGUGUUACUCGUGAGCAGUAGUCGCCAUCCAGACCGCUGGAUUGUCCCUGGGGGAGGCAUGGAGCCCGAGGAGGAGCCGAGUGUGGCAGCAGCCCGUGAAGUCUGUGAGGAGGCUGGAGUAAAAGGGACAUUGGGAAGAUUAGUUGGAAUUUUUGAGAACCAGGAGAGGAAGCACAGAACGUAUGUCUAUGUGCUCAUUGUCACAGAAGUCCUGGAAGACUGGGAAGAUUCAGUUAACAUUGGAAGGAAGAGGGAAUGGUUUAAAAUAGAAGAUGCCAUAAAAGUGCUGCAGUAUCACAAACCGGUGCAGGCAUCGUAUUUUGAAACGUUGAGGCAAGGCUACUCAGCCAACAAUGGCACCCCAGUCGUGGCCACCACGUACUCGGUUUCUUCCCAGAGCUCGAUGCCAGGCAUCAGAUGACUGAAGACUUCGUGUAAGAGGAAUGGAAAUUGGAAACUAGACUGGAGUGCAGAUCUUCCCUCCCUUGCUCUUUUCACCUCUCCUCACAGGCCUCCUCUCCAAAUAAGGCAUGAUGGGCAGCAGAGAAAGGGGUUCUUGAUGGUGUUGCUGUUUGGUGUUAAGUGAUGGGCUUUUUCUUCUCUUUUUAUGGAGGGGGUGGGGGGUGGGUAUGUAAUUUGUAAGUACUUUUGUGCAUGAUCGGUCCCUCCCUUUUCACACCCCUACAAUUGUCUAGAGAGACAGACAGCCUGCCCUCUGCCUUGGAUUCUGAAGUGUUCCUGUUUGUCUCACCCCAGCCCUGGCCAGACGUUUUUUCUUUGAUUUUUAAUUUUUUUUUUUUUUAUUAAAAGAUACCAAUAUGAGAUGAAACCUUUCAAGAAUUUGUCCUAUAAUGCGCUCUUCAGUCCAGGAGGUUGGUCACUUCCACUGCAGGAUACAUUUAUCUACACAUUAUAUACUGGGCAUAUAAUAUGUAAAUAAAUGACUUUUAGAAGAGGAAUUUAACUGUUUAAUUUUUCAAGGUUUGUUUUGUUUUUUAAAUUGGGGUGUUUCUGAAAUGGAGAGCCUCGCAGUUAAUUUCCCUUUUUGUUUUUUGAUGCUAGUGGCUAGGUAAGUUUCCCGGUCCUCUCCCUUUACCCAGUCACUGACUGUAGUUAUGUAGGGUACCGAAAGAGUUUAGCUGCCUUCAUAGCGCUCCCAAGACUCAUGGCCUUCUCAAAGCUGUGUUUCCAUGCCAAGAAAGACACAGGAAGAAACCUAUUUUCUUUUUUAUUACCAAGCCAGGAGCAAAUGGCCUCAGCUCAGACCUGGAGAAACAAUGAUAGAAAUUGAAUUCCUCCCUAUGUGUUGGCAGUGGGGAUUUGAACUGGAUUCUUGGAAUUGCUGUCUAAAAAACUGGAGCAUCAAGCACUGUUUCUGUCCUGUGGGUUGGAGUUUUUUCCAUAAUGCUACUUACCGCUGACAGUGGCCUCUCUCCUUGUGCAUCCAUGCCUUACACCGCGCUGCACUGGACAUUGUCCUUGUGCGGAAGCAUCUGGCUAGCCUGGGCCAGUGCAGGUGUAUGGCCCCAUCCUCAUCCUGGGUGACCAUGUUAAGUUCCCAAAAAGUACACAGGAGGAAAAUUCAGGUGUCUGCUUAUCUUUGCAGUGUGACAGCAUUUGGAAUUGCACCAUGGAGCAUGCCCAGAAAUAGUAAAUUUGUCUCCUGCUGAGACGCAAAAGGUCCAUCUUCUGCUGAGAAGUGGUAUGGGAGAAUGCUCGGUCCUUGACUAGAACAGCAACAUCAUGCAUUGGCUCACUGCAAACUGUCGCGUUGGUUUUUGAUACAGGCUUCUUGCUGGCUUCAUUUGCCAGUUGUGUUGUUUAGUUGGGAAGUAAGCAGAAAAGGGUCUUGAGAUCGAGGGGUGGGUCUAGGAGGGGGGACACUGGUCAAUCCCUGGCUUAGGACAGGAGUUUGUUGCUGUGCUCUUAGUGGCAUCUCCUUUGUCAAAACAUAGCCAAGAUGUGAAAUUAAAAUCGUAGUUCUCUUUAUUUAAAAAUUCUAAUAAAUACUCAAACUUUGAAAAGC